GAAACCAAACAAACGAUGUUCUUCACAUUCUGGUGGCUUUUGUGGAUACUUGAACACCAUGAGUUUUUAGCAGAAAAUCUCAGGGAAGAAAAAAGAUAUGGAUUGAGAAGACCAAAACCUAAACACAUUCUGCCAAAUACUGUAGAAAAAUAUCCGAGCGCAAGUGAACAAGAUGAAGACUGCAUUCUGGAAAUUGCUUUUUUACUGGACAGCUCUGAAAGUGCUAAGGACUAUAACCAUGAACAACAGAAAAAAUUUGUACUGGAAACAGUAGACAGAAUGAAAAGCCUACAGCUUAGUUCUAGACGUACCCUUAGCUGGAGGAUGGCCUUACUGCAGUACAGCAGCACUGUUUUCAUAGAGCAAACUUUCCAUGACUGGAAAGGUCCUGAAGCAUUCAAAUCCCACAUUGCUCCCAUCACCUACAUAGGUCAUGGCACCUACACAACUUACGCUAUAACUAACCUCACACAACUCUACAUGACUGAAGGGACUCCGGGCAGUGUGAAAGUAGCCAUGCUCUUCACUGAUGGAGUCGACCAUCCAAGAAACCCAGAUAUUUUUGCAGCUACAGCUGAUGCUAAACACCAAGGAAUUGUAUUUUUCACAAUGGGAAUGACUAGAGUGGCCGAGGAGGUUAGCAAUGCAGCCAAGCUCCGGCUCCUGGCCAGCAACCCGGCAUCCAGGUUUGUUUUCAACCUGCAGGAGAAAGAAACUGUGGAGAAGGUUCUCAAAGAAAUGAAAGAUCUGUCUGAGGAAGAGUGUCCCCAGGCUGCCAGAUGUAACUGUGAGAAGGGGGAAAAAGGCCUUCCUGGCCCUGCGGGUAAAAAGGGUCGCACUGGGGAUGAUGGAGCUCCAGGCGUGAAAGGAGCAAAGGGGGAGCCAGGGCUUAAUGGAAUCCCAGGACAAGAUGGAAUAGAGGGGAAAUCUGGAUAUAAAGGAGAGAAGGGUGAAAGAGGUGAAUGUGGAAUCCCAGGGAUAAAAGGAGACAGAGGUCCUGAAGGUCCAAUAGGCCCCAGAGGAACAAAAGGGCUACAGGGUCCACAAGGACAAUCUGGAGAUCAAGGGCCUGAAGGCCUGCAAGGAUCAAAGGGUGAAAGAGGUCUCCCUGGGCCACCUGGCUUGCCUGGAGAGACUGGAAUAGGACUGCCAGGCCCAAAGGGUGACACCGGUUUGACAGGAAGACCGGGCCCUGUCGGCCCACCUGGAGUUGGUGAGCCAGGACUUAUGGGGCCUCAAGGACCACAAGGUGUUCAAGGAGAAAGAGGUUCACCAGGAGAAGGGCUUCCAGGAGCAAAGGGAGACCGUGGUUUUGAUGGCCCAAAAGGCCCUCGUGGACUUCCAGGCACCAGCAUAAAAGGUGAAAAGGGUGAAUUUGGUCCUCCUGGUUUACCUGGGCCAAUUGGAUUACCUGGAAUUGGAAUUCAAGGAGAGAAGGGAAUGGAGGGCCCAAAAGGACCACCCGGCUCUAGAGGGCUACCAGGACAGGGACUACCUGGACCAAAGGGUGAACAAGGCUUGCCAGGAGAGACUGGAGUGCCAGGAGAAAGAGGUAUUGGAGAACCUGGUUCUAAGGGUGAGCCAGGCCGUUCAGGACUGGCAGGUCUGCCUGGUCUUCCAGGAGAAGAUGGAGCCCCUGGACAAAAGGGUGAACCAGGGUUACCUGGUCUUAGAGGUCCUGAAGGUGCUCCAGGGAUUGGAAUACAGGGGGAAAAGGGAGAUCAAGGCCAGAGAGGAAUACGCGGAUUAACAGGACCAACAGGACUGCCUGGACCUGCUGGAGCUAAAGGAGAGCCCGGUGUGCCAGGCCGUCUUGGAAUGCCAGGCCCUCCUGGAAGAGCUGUACCUGGACCAAAGGGGGACAUUGGGUUACCUGGUCUUGCUGGACCUAUUGGGGAACCAGGUUUUGGGCUUCCUGGGGCAAAGGGUGACCGAGGUCUUCCAGGACCCCCCGGGCCCUUUGGGCCAAAAGGAGAUGGCUAUCCUGGCCCACCUGGUUUGCCAGGCCUUCCUGGGAUUCCUGGUGAACAAGGCCCAGAUGGAGUUGGACUACCAGGACCUAAGGGUGAUCCCGGUAGUAGAGGACCAAUUGGUCUCCCAGGUCCGCCAGGAGAAGGCCUGCCAGGACCAAAAGGAACCAUAGGACGCCCAGGGCCACCUGGCUCUCUGGGACCUCCUGGUGAAGGUAUUCAAGGAAUUAAGGGAGAACAAGGAAUUCAAGGAAUGCCAGGACCACGAGGCCCCCCUGGAGAAGGGCUUUUGGGACUGAAGGGAGAUCGAGGAGCUACAGGUGAAAAGGGGAAAAAAGGAGAAAAAGGUGAUGUGGGUGACCCUGGUUUAUCUGGAGAACCUGGCAAAACUGGACCAAAGGGAGAGCAAGGCCUAACAAGAGAAGAUAUAAUUAAAUUAAUUAAAGAAAUAUGUGGUUGCGGUAUUAAAUGUAAGGAAAUUCCUAUGGAGCUUGUAUUUGUGAUUGAUAGCUCCGAGAGUGUGGGACCAGAAAAUUUUGAGAUUAUCAAAGACUUUGUAACCGCUCUAGUAGACAGAGUAACUGUAGGCAGAAAUGCUACCAGAAUCGGCCUUGUGUUAUACAGUUUAGAAGUUCGGCUAGAAUUUGGUCUGAACAAGUACACGACUCAACAGGAUGUUAAGCAAGCAAUUAGAAAAAUGCAAUACAUGGGAGAAGGCACUUACACAGGAACUGCUAUCCGUAAAGCAACCCAGGAAGGAUUUUUUGGUGCUCGAACAGGAGUGCGAAAAGUAGCUAUUGUGCUAACAGAUGGUCAAGCAGACAAGAGAGAAGCUGUAAAACUAGAUAUUGUUGUCCGAGAGGCUCAUGCUGCAAACAUCGAAAUGUAUGCAAUAGGAAUUGUAAAUACUUCAGAUCCAACACAGGCCGAGUUUGUGCGUGAACUAAAUCUGAUUGCUUCAGAUCCAGACAGAGAACACAUGUAUCUCAUUGAUGACUUUAAUACCCUCCCAGCUCUGGAGUCCAAAUUAGUAAACCAAUUUUGUGAAGAUGAACAUGGUACCUUAAUAUACAACCGUAAUGGAAAUGGUGCAAGCAUAAGUGGACCAUCUUUCCAUUCAGCAUCUUCAAGUUCUUUACAUUACAUACUUCAGAACAACAAUGUUAAUAGACAAUCACUUUCAGCACAGACACCUGGAGUAUCUACGGCAGAAAGUCCGCUGGGUCUUGGCAAUCUUCCUCAACCAUUAGCUCCGACCAAAGUACCUCCUGUGGUAGUCUAUGAAGCCUAUGAAGAGGAACAACAGGAGGAGGAACAGUCACCCUCGCUAACAGUGGGCACUAGAGAUAGUAUCCUGGACCUUCGGUGCAAGUUAAGGCUGGAUCAAGGGCCAUGCCGUGUUUAUAUCAUAAAAUGGUAUUAUGAUAAACAAGCCAAUGCUUGUGCUCAGUUUUGGUAUGGUGGCUGUGAUGGAAAUGCAAACCGCUUUGAGAGUGAAGAGGAAUGUAGAGAGGCUUGUGUAUUUUUUUCUGGAG